AUGGACUCCAGGCGCGGCAAGCUGCCCAGAGCGGUACGACUGCGAGCGCUCAGAAAGAGAAAAUGUGUGUGUUUCCUUUUAAGAUGGAAGAACUGGUGGGUCCGAGGCAUCCUCACGCUAGCCAUGAUCUCCUUCUUCUUCCUCAUCAUCUACCUAGGCCCCAUAGUGCUUAUGAUGAUUGUCCUCUUUGUUCAGAUAAAGUGCUUCCAGGAAAUCAUCACCAUUGGCUACAGUGUGUACCACUCCUACCACCUGCCCUGGUUCAGGACGUUGAGCUGGUACUUCCUGCUGUGUGUCAACUACUUCUUCUAUGGUGAAACCGUGACGGACUGCUUCUUCACUCUGGUGCAAAGAGAGGAGCCGCUUCGCAUCCUCAGCAAAUACCAUCGAUUUAUCUCCUUUGCCCUCUACCUCACAGGUUUCUGCAUGUUUGUGCUGAGCUUGGUGAAGAAGCACUACCGCCUGCAGUUCUACAUGUUUGGUUGGACUCAUGUGACUCUGCUGAUCGUGGUGACUCAGUCUCACUUCAUCAUUCACAACCUGUUUGAGGGGAUGAUCUGGUUCAUUGUGCCAAUUUCCUGUGUGAUCUGUAACGACAUUAUGGCCUACAUGUUUGGUUUCUUCUUCGGGCGCACCCCUCUCAUCAAGCUUUCCCCUAAGAAGACAUGGGAGGGAUUCAUCGGUGGAUUGUUCUCCACCAUAGUGUUCGGCAUCAUGCUCUCCUACGUGAUGUCCGGCUGGCGUUACUUUGUCUGCCCGGUGGAGUUCAACAACGACUCCAACCGGUUCCAGGUGGACUGCGAGCCCUCGGAGCUUUUCCAGCUGCAGGACUACACCCUGCCCUCCGUCCUGGAGUCCUUCANUUAUUUUAUUACGGAGUUUAUGUCCAACACAGACUCUAUCAUGAUUCGUCUUUGCCGGCGCCCCCUGCUGUGGACUCUGGACUCUCAGACGGCAGCAAACACCCAGAUCAGUCAGGUGUGUUUCAACAGUCCUGCCCUGAACCCAGAGGGCAGUGGGACCGCUCGCAGGCAGACGGUGACGGUGCAGAGACCGGCGGAGCAGGGCUUCACGCAGCAGUCCAUCCGCCCUCAGCAGCUGCUGGAGGGGAAGGAUGCAGAGGCCAUCUAUCAGUGGCUGCGUGACUUCCAGCUGGAGCAGUACAUCGGGAACUUCAUAAAUAACGGUUAUGAUGUUCCCACCAUCAGCAGGAUGACUCCGGAGGAUCUGACCGCCAUCGGAGUGACCAAACCCGGACACCGCAAGAAAAUCUCCAUCGAGAUCAACAACCUGAACAUCCCAGAGUGGCUGCCGGAGUACAUCCCAUCGGACCUGGGUGAGUGGCUCAGUGCCAUCGGCCUCCCCCAGUACCAAAGGAAGCUCUCUGAAAACGGCUACGACUCCAUCAGCAUCGUCAAAGACCUCACAUGGGAGGAUCUGCAGGAGAUCGGCAUCACCAAACUGGGCCACCAAAAGAAACUGAUGCUGGCGGUGAAGAAGCUGUGUGACAUCCACCGAGCAAUCCUCCAGGCGGAAUCAGGCCAAGGCACGCUGCGUCGUAAAGGCCCCGGGGCCCUCCAACUGGUGGCCAUCGAGCCGCCCGACUCUGCGGCGGAGUCUCCUCGCACCCCCAAGAUGCUUACCUUCCAGGACAGCGAGCUGAGCGCCGAGCUGCAGAGCGCCAUGUCCAGCCACUACGGAGGCUGCGAGGAAGGUCUGGCCUUCAAGAAUGCAGUGGGGAUGUCCCAGAGCCAGGAGAGCAUGGACGCCCGGUCCAGAGGCUCCGGGCGCUCCCAGGAGCCCCCCACCGCCUCCAUCAACCCCCACAGCUGGUCGCAGGAGAGCCUGGAGGGCAGCCUGGCGAGGGAGAGGAACCUCCCCGAGGGCUGGGACCAGCGGCCCCUGCAGCAGCAGACGCUGCCCAAGCAGGUUCCUCUGGGCACGGCCACCGUGUUCAAGUACCCGGCAAUUCCAGCCAAGCCUAAACUGCCUGGGUCCCCUCGGGGCCCCUCCCCUCACGGCUCCCCAGCACUGAAGGGUUUCAGCUACUUGCAUUCUCACUGUGGCUCCACAGACUUGAGCUCGAGGCCGGAGAACUACAGCAUGACAUUGACACCCCCUAAAAAACGCGCCCAAACACGCUACGCUCUGUCUGAUGGGGAGCCAGACGAGGACGAGUACGAGCCGUCGAGUCGCUGUAGAAACCUGUCAUCCUACGCCACCUUGACCCGCAAACCGGGUCGCAGCCAUCUGGCUCGAUUGCAGUCGAGUCCAGAGAAGAACGGCAACGUGGGACGCAGCCAGUCCUUUGCGGUGCGCGCCCGUAAAAAAGGUCCCCCUCCUCCGCCUCCGAAGAGACUGAGCUCAGUGAGCAGCACCAACAGCGACGAGCUCAGCGACAGCAGCACCACGUCCUCUGUUGGCGGGGGGGCAACGGACAGCCCAGUGAGCGUGAGGAGCAUCGCAGCCUCUUUGGAGGGCAGGACGGAGGGGAAAACCCCCAGCUCAGAGGAGGCUUCCCCUGCACACAGCGCUGCAGGGCAGGAGGCUGCGGGGGUGAGGAGGAGGGUGCAGAGCGAGUGUAUUCCAUCCCAGACCCGCAGCGUCCCGGUGCCGGAUCGGGGGGUGAAGUCUGACACGGAGGAGGAAGACUCAAAAAGUUGCAGGCUGGAGGGCUCCUCCUCCCCUCAGAACAGCUCCAGUGAGUGCAUCCCCUUCGCAGAGGAGGGUAACUUGACUAUCAAACAGAGGCCUAAAGCCCCCGCUCCCCCCCGAGCUGAGGCGGUGCUGGAGCCCCCAGAGGCACAAGCAGCCAAGGACUCAGAGCUGCCAGAGUUUAAUCUGAAGGAGUCGGACACGGUGAAACGCCGGCACAAGCCAAAAGACAAGGAGCAGGGAGAAGGCUCCCCCAGCAGAGAGAGGCUGGAUUCAGAGUCCCGCAGCAGCAGGCCCCCCUCCCAGUGCCAGGACCAGGACCAGCUCAGCCUGAGGAUCAGUGAGGCCCGGCUGGAGAGGCCUGCCAGCCCGGCAACAGGAUCCUCCAUCAGACCUCCCCUCUCUCCCAGACCUGCCGUCGCCCCGAAGCCGGUCCGCCACAGUCUGCUGGCCGCACAGGGUAAGAGACUGACAACACAAACUACCGAUAGGAAAAUUCUCAACAGUGGAACGAGCACUCCUCUUGAGUAA